CCCCCGCCCCGUCCCCGGCGCUGGUUUGGAUCCGGGUCAGCCGGGCGCCGCGGUCGCGGAGAGGCGAGCCCGAGUGCGGGGACCGGGGUCGGCGGCGCGCCGCCCGCUGCGUGGAGUAUUGACGGGAACAUCGGUAGUAGUGUAAAAACUUUCACAAUGAAAUCUGAAGCCAAAGAUGGAGAGGAGGAGAGUCUUCAAACCGCUUUCAAGAAAUUAAGAGUGGAUGCAUCAGGGGCCAUAGCAGCUCUGUCUGUCGGAGAAGGCACAGGUGUCCGAGCGUCGGGCAGAACAGCAGCGGAUGACACCAAGCCCAAGACCACGUGUGCUUCGAAGGAUAGUUGGCAUGGGUCGACACGGAAGUCAUCUCGAGGGGUCGUGAGAACGCAGCGGCGCCGGCGCUCCAAGUCUCCCGUCCUGCACCCUCCGAAGUUUAUCCACUGCAGCCCCCUGGCUGCCCCCGGCGGCCAGCUCAAGCACAGGAGCCAGAGUGACUCUGCCGACGGCAGCAGCGGCCUGGGCCUCCCGGCGCCGAAGGAGUUCAGUGCCAGCGAGGGGCCCGCUCCGCUCCAGGCCGGCCACACCGGACCCGCGGUGGAGCCUUCGGUCCCGAGGCUCCCGUCCGAGGGUCCACAGGAGGACUGCCCUGCCGCCGCCGACGGCUGCCCUGCAAGUCUCCCGGCCGGCGAGCUCUCGGACUUUCGGUCCGUCUCCAGGCUACACCAGGGCAAGCCGUGUGCCUGCCUGGGCGCCGAGUGCCAGUGCAGGCGGUGGCAGGACAUGGAAGUGUACUCCUUCUCGGGCCUGCAGAGCGUGCCGCCCCUGGCCCCGGAGCGCCGGGCCGCGCUCGAGGACUACUCGCAGUCGCUCCACACCCGGACUCUGGCCGGUUCCCCGCGCUCCUGCUCCGAGCAGGCGCGCGUCUACGUGGACGACGUGACCAUCGAGGACCUGUCGGGCUACAUGGAAUAUUACUUGUAUAUUCCCAAGAAGAUGUCCCACAUGGCAGAGAUGAUGUACACCUGAUAGCAGAGAAGCCGGUCCGUGCUUCCGACCAAUGAAGGGUUGUCCGAGGCGGAGCUGACGGCCGACCUCGCGGCCACGGUGUGAGAAGACACCUCCUGCUCACUGUGCUUGCAAUAAAAACUUUUCUUGGCAUCUCA